AUGCCAGCAGUCUUCAUCUUGCUGCGGUCCCUGGUUAUCAGGCUCCUCAGUAGCAGACUGGCGGGCUCAGUGGCACAGUUCCUCAGGAGAAGCCUCUCUACGGGUGCUGCCCACCUUGGCACGGCGCUACGCCACGUCUGGGACCGCAUUCGAUCCCAGGAGUCCAAGGAAGCCAUCCUGGGCUGUGUGCUGUGCAUUCUCAACAUGCACAAGAAGGUGGAGAACUGAGCUCUCCCUCCACUUUCUGUUCAACCCUCCACUUGCCCGCUGAACAGAAACUGGACAAACAGAACUGGUGAGUGAGGAGAGUGUACAAAGGAAUGUGACAGACUUUUUUCAAUGCCCAUUUGGA